AUGGAACUGCGUGGUUCAGUCUUUCUAAUAAUCGUCAGGAGUGAUCCGCGGUCUCCAGUUCAACCAAACACAUCGUUGCGCCUGGGUCAAAUACCACAUGAAUCUGCUCACAUGCCACUUCAACCGAGUAUCAAGCAGGAAACCACCGAUUGGUUUACCAAACUCUCUCUGGAUGACCAGAGCAAGGCUCGCAAUGGCCAGAUCUCGGAUCCUACGCGGCAUCCCUCAAAGCGGCCUUAUAAUGACAAGGAUCAGUAUCCUAGUAAGCUCCGCGCUGGCUCGGCCUCACCGUUCUCUUCACGCCACAACCGAGACCCUUCUGAAUCAAUCCGUACCGGCUCCCCUUCUGGAUUCCCAUCCACUCAGAGGACUCCACAAUCUUCGCCCAAAUUGGUAUCAUCUCAUCCAGCCAACAGUCAAAGGCAGCAGGCACGUCACUCAGCUCAGCCAUCAAGCCAAUUAAACUUUGCCGCCUUGAAGGCUGAAGAGAGGAAGACUCAAAGCCACACCGCCCAAGCCGCAACAACCUAUGAUAUCCCUCCUGACCAAGAGGUUCGAAUGUUCCUUCAGCCAGAGACGCGAUCCAUCAGUCAAGAACAGCUUGUCAAUGAAGUCAAGGGCAUCUACGCUGGCCUUGUGAUGGUGGAGAAGAAAUGCGUGGAAAUAUGCCAGUCCCAGUCUCAAACAACAAACAAGUUGUCGAAUGAGCAGUGGCAGGCCCUCAUCGCCUUACACCGCACUCUCCUUCAUGAGCACCACGACUUCUUCCUAGCCUCUCAACAUCCCACCGCAUCACCAGCACUACGCCGCCUGCCUACCAAGUACGCAAUGCCAGCUCGGAUGUGGCGGCAUGGGAUCCAUUCGUUCUUAGAACUACUUCGUCAUCGCCUUCCUCAUUCCUUAGAGCACAUGCUCAGCUUCGUCUAUCUGGCCUAUCAAAUGGUGGGUCUGCUGAUGGAGUCUGUACCUACCUUCUAUGAGACCUGGAUUGAAUGCCUAGGCGAUCUUGCUCGUUAUCGCAUGGCGAUCGAGGAGGCGGACAUGAGAGAUCGCGAGAAUUGGUCAAAUGUUGCUCGCAUGUGGUACAAUCGUGCUGCUGACCGUUCUCCAGCCACAGGGCGCAUUCAGCAUCACCUGGCUGUUCUCGCUCGGCCGAACAUCGUGCGUCAACACUUUUAUUAUUCCAAGGCAUUGGUCAGCGUGAAUCCCUUCGUCAAUGCUCGGGAUUCAAUAAUGUUGUUGUUCAGCCCCUUGCUUGAUUCCGACACAUUUAAUCAAAAGUAUAACAGGGCCGAGAGAAGUCUCGUGACUGCAGCAGGUAUCAUGUUCACUCGGGGAUCCAUUCACCAAUAUAUCGUCAAUAUCUCGGACUACGUGUCUGACUUGGACAGCCAGAUCACCCGAUCAGGAUCCAACUUCAAGGUUAUGGGAGCUGAGAUUGCUUCAUCCUUGAUCGCACUCAUGUAUGAUUUCGGCAGUGAUGACAAUCAUCUCUGGAAAUCCUUCAAGGCCAACAACGAUAAAAUCAAAGGAAUCCAGGAUGAUAAACCCCAGGCUCUUGCAUCUGACCCUGCCCCUGUUGAGGAUCCCAUACUCAAGGAGAACAUCCAUGCCCAGUUCUGGCGGAAUGGGCCCAUUCAUACCGAGGAGUUCCGUCAGGUCCGACCCCAUGGAGGUGACAAGGCCGAAGCAAAGUUCGAGUCGUCGGACGAGGUGACGUCGUACAUCCUUCCUAUCUGGUUUUCAUCCAUUUCUAUCGUGGCGCAAAAAGUUGGGGAUCGCAACAUUCUUCCGUUUAUGCAUAUCACAUUAGCGUACAUUUGGAGUUCAUCAUACGUACCAGGCGCUCUAGUUUUCGUUGAAAACUACGUUCCAUGGCCCAAGUUGGUCCUAGCAUUAAAUACGUUGAGCCGUUCGGGCGUCUCUGACAACCGGAUCGAGGCCAAGGAAUUUCCUCAGCAACAAAGCGGAACAGGGCGUCAGCUCCCUGAGGACUUUCUCAUACGUGGCUUAGUCUGGUCUUCAUAUUACUUCCCUGACGAUUUCUUCAAUGGCCAGGUUGUAGAUGAAGACGAACGCACUCUCGAGAUGCCCAGCCAUGCGGCACCUCGAGCAGAACGAUGCUUGUGGUUAGGUCACAAGUUGGCAUCGUUGAACCGUUAUAUGACAUACGAUGACAGAACGAAGCUCUUCGCCACCACCGAUCUUGCUUCGUCCAUGGCUACUGUGGCUGCUGCACAUACGUUACGCGUUCAAUCGCACCCCGACGCUCAGAUGGUCGAAACCAAAUGA